UUUUUGAAACACCCACUGCCAUACUGAGACCAACAAGGUAUCAGUUACCAAUAGGGGGCAGCGUGACACUGAGCUGCUCUGUGGAGGGCUCUGGCAACUGGACGAUUUUGUGGUACAGUGCUGCUUCAUUUGGUUCUAAAGAAGAGCCUAUGACAGAAUAUGAAGGGAAGAAAGCUAUUAUUGUAUCACAAAGAGGUCUCUACUCCUGCAGAGGAAGAAGUGAUUCAGGUCGCCACACAUACAACAGUGAUAAGGCCAUCAUUAAAGACACUCUUCCUAUUACGGCCAUUUUGACUAUACAGCCCAACUGGACUAGGAUAUACAUGAGUGAAGCAUUCACUGUCAGAUGUGAGAUCCCAGGAGGAGAAGGGACUUACUGGAGCUAUGACUGGAGACCAGAAAGGUUCACCACAUAUUACACAACCAAUGAAAGAACAUUCUACAAUGUUGGUUGGGAAGACAAUGGAAAUUAUCAAUGCAGGGGCAACAUGGGGCUUUCCUUGACAGAAUGGAGUAAUGUCAUUCCAGUCACUAUAUCAUUUAAACUGCAACCUGUCCUCACCGUGUCCCCUUCAUGGCUGAGUCCCGGAGCCUCAGUAACUCUGAGCUGUGAGAUUGAAUAUCCUUCGGAGGGAUGGAGCUUUUACUGGUAUAAAGCUAUUCCUGAUUUGGACAUAAAAGAAGAGGCCUACAAGUACGAGCUGCUACCAGAUGGCAGCGAGACUGCUCAGACUUUGUACAUCAUUACUGGACAAACACACACAGCAGCAUAUGUGUGCAGAGCGCAAAGAGGAAGGAACUACUACUACACCUAUUACAGUAAACCAAAGUUUGUCUGGUCUGCAGAUCUUUAUUCAGCAGCAUCUCUCACAGUCGGCCCUGUAGAGCAAAGAUUAAGCUUUGACUUUGUCAGACUGACCUGCAAGGGAAACUCUACUUGGUGGAGAGUGAGGAAGUUCCCUGAGAAUAGCGUGCCGUAUUGCAGUAAUGUUUGGAAUCUAGGAGAAUCCGUAUGCACACUCUACACAAAAGCUUCAUAUUCAGAUGAUGGAGUUUACUGGUGCGAGUCUAUGUCAAAACAGUUCAGCAAUGCAGUCAACAUCACUUUACAGGAUUUUUAUUCAGGUCCUCUCAUGGUGAUCCCUGAUGAUCCUGUGAAAAAGGGAACUUUCGUUAGUCUUAGCUGCAACUUGAGAAUAAAAAAAAACUUCCCCAGUGUGGCUUUUUACCACAAUAACAAACUUAUCCAAAAUGAUUCCCGAGAGGAGCUGAACUUCUUGGCAGUGUCAAAAUCUGAUGAAGGUUCCUACAAGUGUCAGUACUCAGGAAAAGAGUCGCCAUCACGUUACAUGUCGGUUAAGUCUGCUGUCGGACCUGAAAGCUCUUCAUUUCCUGUCAGAAUGAAAGUCAUGAAUGCAGUCGCCUUCAUCCUGGUAAUGAUGCUGUCUAUGAAUCAGUAACACAAAUGGAAGAAACUGGAGAAGGUCAGUGAGGAGAGCUGUAGCCACAAAGCAAAAAAAGAAGCAUUUUAUGAAUCACUGUUGCUCCUCUGCUACACAAAUAUCAGACACAUAUCAAACACAUGCAUAUUUUCUACAGUUCGUUUGUUUGAAGAUAAUACAACUAAAUACAGACUUCAUAGUCUGUUUCAGCACAAAUAACACCAUAAAUACAUUAUUCGGGCUCUAUAAUCAUUUGUUUUUUACAAUUAAAAAGUAUAAAUAUAAUCAUUUGUAGUAAGAAAAAUCUGAAAUAUGUGAUCUUCAGUGACUGAUAAUGCAUCUGAAUAAUCUCUGUAUAGAUUGUGUAUAGAGGGUAGUAGCAUGCAGUAUGAAAAAUCUCCUGUGUCUGUCCUUAUGACAGCAGAGGUGAAACUGUACAGUAAGUGGUACUGAGGCCAAUCAGGAUUAUCCAUGAUGAUUACAGUUUUUUUUACUAAUGGUCCAUAUUUGAUUUUCUA